AUGAGUGUCAGAAGAACCUCUGCGACGGCGCACAAUGCGGCCAUCAAAGACCGCUCGCAAGCUGUGGCCGCGCAGGUUGCAGAGCAACAAGGUUGGCUGGAGAGAAAACUCAGGCCCAACAAGGUCACCGCCAGAUAUCCAUUCAAGGGAGCGCCGUUGCUUUAUGCGACAUGCGCCUUUGGGAGUCUGGGAGAUGCGUUGUUCGGAUACAACUCUGGUAUUAUGUCCGGCUUGCUGGUCAAUCCCGUCUUCGUAUCUCGCUUCUUCAAAGACUAUGGCGGUGCAGACGGCACCACGAAUGCAGUCGAUCCAUCUAUCACGGGCAUUUCAGUCGCAUGUCUCCAAGCAUCAGCAGCCGUGGGUGCACUCAUUGCAGGGCGUCUCGGCGACAUCAUCGGACGAAAGAAGUGCGUCCGCAUCGGCGGCUUCAUCUACUUCUUCAGUGCGUUCAUUCAAAUAUUCGCUCCCGACUUCGCCACGUUUAUCGCCGGCCGUACGAUCCAGGGUCUGGGAGUGGGGUUUCUCUCCAUGACCGUGCCUAUUAUUCAGACGGAGAUCGCGGCCCCGCAUCGCCGUGGUCUCAUGGUGGGGAUCGAGUAUACAUUCCUGAUUGCAGGAUACAUGUUGUCGUGCUGGGUGGACUACGGUUUCAAUUUCCUUUUACCGAGCCAUAUGUCCUGGCAAGGCCCGUUCAUCGUGCAAAUCAUUCUUUCUUUUAUCUUGUUGGCCAUGUCCUUUUUCUUGCCCGAGACACCUCGUUGGCUGGCGAAGAACGGCUUCAUGCAAGAGAGUUUGCAGACUGUUGCGGACUUGCAUUCUGGAGGUGACACAGAGGCGGAGCAUGUGCAGCAAGUCUUCCUCGAGAUCCAAGAAGCAGUCAUAUAUGAAACCAACCUAGGAAAGUCGAGUUGGAAGGAAAUGUUCACCCGUUACCGCAAACGAACGAUCGUUGGUAUCACAGUCCAGAUGUUCGCCCAGCUGAACGGAAUCAACAUCAUCUCAUUCUACCUUCCGAGCACCCUUGCAUCAGCCGGAUUUGACAAUCGGAAAUCGCUCCUGUACACGGCUGCGAAUGCGCUUCCAUAUACAGCCGCGACAAUCGUAACGUGGUGGUUGGCAGAUAGAUGGGGACGGAAGCCUUUGCUUAUUCUCGGAGGCCUCGCCAUGGCAAUCCUGCUCGGUAUCGUCUGCGCCUUCACCGAGGCCAACCUGGACAUCACAGUCAAAGCCAAUGGCCAAUACGCCUUCGUCAUGCUGUAUAACAUCGUCUAUGGCUUUACCUGGGGCCCGAUGCCCUGGCUUCUCCCGGCGGAGAUCUUUCCCCUGCGCGGCCGCAGUAAGGGAAUGGCGCUGGCUACGACGAGCAACUGGAUCUUCAACUUUAUCAUUGGCAUGGUGUCUCCAGAUGCGUUUGCGGGUAUUCACGGGUAUUUCUACCUGGUGAUUGCGGGAUUCUGUCUCUUCUCCGCUGGUCUGGUUUACUUUUACUAUGUGGAGACGGCGAAUCAUACUCUUGAGGAAAUUGCGGUCUUGUUCGGGGACCAGGCGUUUGCAGAUGGGGACGGGGAGGUCAUGGAGGUUGCUGAUGUUAGGACUGAUCAUGGCAAGGAGCUUGUUUGAGGUAGCCGGACUGUCAAG